AAAUUCCAGUGAUUCUUCCCUCUGACCUCAGGGGUGAGAAAGGUGCUCCAGGAAAACCUGGGCCAAGAGGACCUCCUGGAUUGCCGGGAAUUCCAGGAAAACCAGGAAAUGGAAAGCCGGGUCUUCAAGGACGGACCGGACCACCUGGAGUGCCAGGACUUGUAAGCAUUGGAAAACCAGGAAUUCCAGGACAACCCGGUAAACCAGGUAUCAGAGGAAUUCCAGGACCUAAAGGUGACUUAGGACCCAGAGGGGAUAUGGGACCCAGAGGCCUUCCCGGGCCUCCAGGAUUACCUGGACCUUCAGGUUUCUCUGUCAUUGGUAAGCCAGGAGCUCCAGGAGCAGAUGGAUCACCAGGGCUUAGAGCAGAGCCAGGUCUAAAGGGAGAACGUGGACCUCCAGGGGAGCGUGGUCCCAAAGGUGAAAAUGGGUAUGGAAAACCAGGUGCUCCAGGUCUGAGAGGUAAGGAAGGGGCACCAGGUAAGCCUGGACCUCCAGGCCAGCCUGGAAGAGGAAAGCCAGGAGUUAAUGGUUUACCUGGUGGCCCUGGUGAGAAAGGGGAAGCUGGACAACAAGGUGAACCAGGACUUCCAGGUCCACCUGGUCCUCAGGGGCCAGCGGGAAAGCCAGGAUUGAAUGGCAUAGGAAAGCCAGGUCAGGAUGGGUUAGCAGGAAUUCCAGGAUCUAGAGGUCAAAAGGGGCAGGCUGGGCCACCUGGUGCUCGUGGUCUUCCUGGAGCACCAUCAUAUGCAAAGCCUGGAAUAAAUGGACUUAAAGGUGAGCGGGGCAUUCCUGGAAAGCCAGGUGCCCCAGGACUCAAUGGUGAACCAGGAUUAAAUGGCUUUCACGGUGAACCUGGAGCUAAGGGAGAGCCAGGCCCUCCAGGUCCUGUGGGCCCUAAAGGAUUCAUGGGGAAACCAGGUAUUCCAGGUGUCAAAGGUGACAUUGGGAUCAUUGGGCCACCAGGUCUGAAAGGAAUGCCAGGUGACCAUGGACAGAAUGGGUUACCUGGGAAACCAGGUGUGCCUGGUGAGAGAGGUUUGCACGGACCUCCAGGAUCACCAGGCAAAAUUGGUCAAAAAGGUGAAGCUGGGUAUACAGGGGUCCCUGGACCACCAGGAAUAGCUGGUCCUAUAGGACCCAAAGGAGAACCAGGGCAGGUAGGUCAACCUGGACCGAGGGGCUCUUCAGGAAUACCUGGUCUUCAGGGGCCAUCGGGUCCAAUAGGACCUACAGGUUUACCAGGUCCCAAAGGAGAACUAGGACCACCAGGUUUGCCAGGAGAAGGCACAGUAGGUGAACCGGGAAUGACAGGACCAAUAGGUCGGCCUGGAAGUCCUGGAAUACAAGGCAUGAAGGGAGCCCAAGGUCCUCCAGGGCCACCUGGUCCACCAGGCCCACCGGGACUCCUCAUUAACGGGGAAUUAACAGGUGUAUCCGGCCUUCAGGUAGAUGGACCUGUGGACGGUGUGAAAAUACCAGGGAAUGGAAAACCAGAGUAUGGAAUGGGAGAAAUCUCUGCAAAAGUAGCUCCUGCCUUCACAGCAAUUUUGACAAAGCCAUUUCCACCAUCAGGGGCACCCAUUAAGUUCGAUAGGAUUUUAUACAAUGGACAAAGUGGAUAUAAUCCAGCAACUGGAGUGUUCGUGUGUCAAAUACCAGGUGUUUACUAUUUUGCUUAUCAUGUGCAUGUCAAGGGAACCAAUAUAUGGGUAGCACUGUAUAAGAAUAAUGUGCCUGCAACAUACACAUAUGAUGAAUAUAAGAAAGGAUAUCUUGACCAAGCAUCGGGAAGUGCUGUACUGGAACUUAAAGAAAAUGACCAAGUAUGGGUCCAGAUGCCUUCAGACCAAGCCAAUGGAUUAUAUUCUACUGAAUACAUCCAUUCCUCUUUCUCAGGAUUCUUACUUUGUCCAACAUAACGUUGAUCAACUUGAAUUAGUGGAUAUAUAUAUAGUGUAGUAAUAAACUGUAUCAAGAGGGACAGAGUAUCACUGGAAAAAGCACAUGUGUUAUUGUCUGUUGCUACAUUUUUCCAGUUUUGAAGAAACCUUAAAAGCCUCUGGGUGGCAACCAGCAAAGUAUAACAACCACAUGUCAGACAUUUCAACUAGUGACUGCACGUGUCUCCAGCUUAUGUUGCAAUGGAUUAAAUGUGGAACAGUUGCAUUUAUAUGGGCAGUUAGAGGCAAAACUUAUCUUCAUUUGCAAUGCAAGUCAAUAUGAUGUCUGUUACUUGUACUCCCUGUGCCUACUCUUGAGUAAUGAUCUACCUAAGGAUAUAUUUCUUGCUUCUACACAUUUGUACCAUUGACAGAAAACAAAACUAUAUUACCCAGUUGUAUUCUAGUUAUUAUAAUCAUACCUUUUGAAGUGCAAUACAUGGUAAGUGGUGUUCCAUAGUGAAUUCAGACAACUGGGCACACUGUAAACUGGGUGAGAACUAAAACAUUGCAAACUGGUAAUCAUCACCACUUGCUUGAAUCUUAAAUUUCAAUUUAACAUGUAAUGCUAACGAGAAAAAGAUUUAAGGUUGAGCAAUGUAGUGCAAAGUAAGUGUUUCUUUUGUACUGUUUUGAUUAUCUGUAUUUUGCAUUGUCGUGAUGACCUGAAAUAUUGCUGAGUUUCAAUUUGAUUGCAGUUAAAGGAUAAGGAAUAUCAAACUAUAUAUAUUUUAAAAUCAACCUAUCCAGACAUGCUAAGACAUACCUCUGGAUUAGGUGGGACUUGAACCCAGGCUUCUUGACCCAGAGAUGGGGGCACUGUGACUGUGUCAGAAGAAACCCUCACAUUGAACUAUAGACAUUUUCUAAUCUAUAGAAAUAUUGAAACAUACUGAAUCUAAAUCAACACAUUUAGGUGUCUCUCAGAUACGUGCAGCCCAGUUACUCACUAAUUUGAUUCAAUUUGCUGAUUCUGCUAGAAGACUGACACUUUCAAAUGCCACUAUUUUUCCAUUGUCAAAGACUGUGAAAUGCUUAGUCUUUCUCAAGCUCAAUUCAUACCUACUUGAUUACUAUUACAAAAAAAAUUCCAAAGUUAAGACAAGAAAAUUUACAACAAAGUUAAGACCUGAGAGCAUCUUUUUUUUAAAAUGGCAGUCGUAAAAUCUGAUAACAGAUCCAUGAAAGGGAUGUACGUUGCUGAGUUCAAAAAGUUCUAGAGGUGGACCAUUGUUUUCUGUAGAAGCCAUACUAUAUAUUGUCUCGUGUUGGAUUGGAUGAGUACAAUUUCUGAGACAUUUUUGCAACAGUUAAGGCUGUUUUUCACAGGGAGGCAUGAAUGCAGUAGCUGUCACUUUAAACUUCCAGAUGUUAUUUCUGAUUGUUACAUUUGUUUUCAAGGAACUUUUUAAUGUAAAACAUUUUCUGAUCUUAUAUAGCUUAAUUAUAUAUGCCUUUGAAAAUGUCUACAAAUUUUGGUAAAUUUUCUUCAACUGAAUUUUAUUUUGUUAAAAAUUAUUAUAAUUGAAUUUCUUGGGUUGGUUAAUUUUCAAAUGCCUUACCUGUGCCUUUUUUUGUACUUUAAAGUGAUAGUAUCUUUCUCUGGCCAAACAAAACCAUGUAAUUUGACUCUUUAAGCACAAAGGCUGGAAGGAUAAUUAAGAAAAUGUUAACAGUAUUUUAAGAAGCAAUGAUCUAUUUAUUUUAAAGGAUUUUCUCCCAAAAUUGAAUUUAACUAACAUUUGAAUGCAUUAAUCGUUCAUUAACUAAUAGUCACCAAAAUUAACUACAAGGCACAAGUGUGCAAGUAAUUGAGAUAAAAAAAAUUGUAAUUAUGUUAUUAUGGUCUAGUCUUCUACAAACUUUCUGGCAGAUUGUUUUUCCUACCAUUGAAAUAUAAUAUUAAUACUCUCUACAAUUAAACUAAUUUUUGGCUAACAAAUUGAGCAGUGUCUAUUUUUGGCUUUCUGAGAAGUCUGCACUCAAAUGGGGAAGCCUAAGAAACUUGGGACUUUGGGCCUUGGACCCUGCUGUCACAUGAAAGGUGCAGUAAUAGGAACAUGCACAGGUUUUUGUGCUAAUGUCUAAGUGAGUGAUUGAACCAGUUUGAGGCAAUCUGGAGGAGAAAUGGCAAGAUCACAAAUUUCUUUUUGGGGAGGAAGUGGGUAUUAGGAGGUCAGUCAGAACAGAUCAUUGGAGGGAACAAAAACAAAGUUGCUGGGAGCAGAUCAUUGGAGGGAUUAGCAGCCAUGUUGGCAAGCCACUGAGCACAAUCGCUGAGUAAGGCCAGGGGGUCAAGAUCAGGCCCAAGCCCAAGCCUGAAAAAAGAUUGG